AUGACCUACCCCUUUGAGACCGUGGCAUUGGAUUUCCUGUCCCUCGGACGACCUUCAGACACCUACCAGUACAUCCUUGUCAUCACUGACCUCUUCUCCCGCUACGCUCUGGCCGUACCAACCAAGGAUCAAACUGCUUCAACAACUGUAAAGGCUCUAUGGACGGCUCUCAUAGUCCCGUUUGGCUGCCCGGAACGCAUACUUACGGACCAGGGGGGAGCCUUUGAGUCAGCGCUGAUGCAGCAAUUGUGUAUGAUGUAUGGCUGUAAAAAGGUACACACUACACCCUACCACCCGCAGGGAAAUGGAGCCUGUGAACGUUUCAACCGUACCCUUCUGUCUCUGCUGGGCACUAUCGAGAGCAGCUCCCAAACUCAUUGGCCGAGUUUACUUCCUGCCCUGCUACAAGCAUAUAAUAACACCACACAUGCGAGUACAGGCAUACCCCCUCAUUACGUUGUCUUUGGGCGCCAUGCCAGACUACCCGUAGACAUGCUCCAUGAUGUUGCACCCCCCCAGCGUAGAGAGGACCUGGAGGGAUGGGUCCGAAGCCAUCACCAAACACUCCUGCAGGCUUAUGCCACUGUCAAGGGAAAUGUAGAACGACGAACCCAAUGGAACCAAGACCGCUACAAUCGCAAUGCACGGAUUAUGCCACUGUUGCCUGGGGAGCGAGUGCUCAUAAAGAACUUUCGACGUCGGGCCCAGGGGAAGCUAGCACCCCAGUGGCUACCUAUACCCUUUAUCGUAGUCACCCAACCCUACCAAGAUAGCCCAGUCUUCACGAUACGCCCCGAAGGGAAGGAAGGACCCCUUCGGACAAUUCAUCGCAACAACCUCCGCUCAUGCCCAGAUAUGACCUUUAGCGACAAUGCAUCAACAGUGACAUGGUUUACUCUUUCUGGGUUUGAUGAGAUGAUGGAACACAGAGCCACGUUCUUCUCUCUUACUUUACUUUGUUACUGUGCGAUUAUACUAGUAAAUGUUGCUCUAAUUUUGACCAUCAUCCUGGAUGAAAACCUCCAUGAGCCCAUGUACAUCUUCCUGUGUAACUUGUGCAUCAGUGGACUUUUUGGCACAACAGGAUUCUACCCAAAAUUCCUUCUGGACCUACUGUCUCAUCUGCAGGUCAUAUCUUAUGCAGGAUGUUUAAUCCAAACUUUUGUCAUGUAUUCUUCUGCCUGUGGAGACUUUGUAAUUCUAGCAGUGAUGGCAUAUGACAGGUAUGUGGCAAUCUGUAGACCACUGGAGUAUCACUCUGUUAUGACCAGGCAGAGGGUCGCUUGGUUAGUGUCUUAUCCUUGGCUCUCUACAUUCUGUUUAUUCACUGUUACUUUAGUAAUGACUACUAGACUCAGGUUAUGUGGAUCACAUAUAGAGAAGCUCUACUGUGCGAACUGGUCAAUUGUUAAACUUUCCUGCUCUUCAAUUACAGCAAACAGUAUAUUAGGGUAUAUUAACAUACUUUUCUAUGUUGUACAUAUACAAUUAAUUAUAUGUUCAUAUGCAUAUCUUAUCAGGACAUGUUUAAAGUCUAUUGAGAACAGGGGAAAGUUUAUGCAGACCUGCAUGCCACAUUUACUGUCCGUAAUUAAUGUAGCAGUUGCUCUGUUGUUUGAUAUUUUGUACAGUAGAUAUGGUUCUGCAGACACAUCACAAAACUUUCAGAAUUUCAUGGCAGUACAAUUUUUAGUUAUUCCUCCAAUUCUAAACCCGCUUGUUUAUGGUCUGAAACUGAAGCAGAUUAGAAACCGAAUUUUGAGUUUCUGUAUGAUAAGUACAAAAAAGAAAAAGUCUUUAAUGUAA